ACAACCUUUGGUUCUCAUCGGACCAAUGCCUUUACUAAUGAUGAUUGCGAUGAUGACUUCAAUGUCGUUGUUACUUGCAGUCAGCGAAGCCAUCCCAACAACUUUAGACGGUCCCUUCAAGCCAUUGACCCGGCGGCUCGACCCGUCUCUACGGCGAGGCAGUGACGACUUGCCAAUGGAUCAUCCGAGGCUAAGGAAGAGAAACGUCAGCUCUGUUUUCCCAGAACAGAUUGCUUUAGCUCUCUCUACUACUCCAACCUCUAUGUGGGUUUCUUGGGUCACUGGUGAUGCUAUUGUUGGAAAAGAUGUGAAACCACUUGAUCCUAGUUCAGUUGCUAGUGAGGUUUGGUAUGGGAAGGAGAAAGGGAAAUAUUUGUUAAAGAAGAUUGGGAAUGCAACAGUUUACAAUCAGUUAUAUCCCUUUGAUGGUCUGCUCAAUUACACAUCAGGCAUCAUACACCAUGUCCUCAUUGAUGGUCUUGAACCAGAAACCAAGUACUAUUACAUGUGUGGUGACAGCUCUGUUCCGGCAAUGAGUGAGGAACUUUCUUUUGUGACUUUGCCGCUGCCAGGAAAAGACGCAUAUCCUCAUCGAAUUGCCUUUGUUGGGGAUUUGGGACUUACCAGUAACACAACCACCACUAUUGACCAUUUGAUGGAAAACAACCCCUCGGUUGUUAUAAUUGUUGGGGACUUAACAUAUGCAGACCAGUACCGUACAAUUGGUGGCAAAGGAGUUCCAUGCUUCUCAUGUUCAUUUCCUAAUGCACCUAUUAGAGAGACGUAUCAACCUCGUUGGGAUGCCUGGGGAAGGUUAAUGGAGCCACUAACCUCCAAGGUCCCAACAAUGGUCAUUGAAGGAAACCAUGAGAUAGAGCCUCAAGCUUCCGGAGUCACCUUUAAGUCAUAUUCUGAAAGGUUUGCAGUUCCUUCAAGUGAGAGUGGCUCCAACAGCAACUUCUACUAUUCUUUUGAUGCUGGAGGAGUGCAUUUUGUUAUGUUGGGUGCAUAUGUUGAUUACAAUCACACUGGAGCACAAUAUGCAUGGUUAAAGGAAGACUUGUCUAAAGUUGAUCGCGGAGUGACACCUUGGCUGGUUGCAGCAAUGCAUCCGCCUUGGUACAACAGCUACUCCUCACAUUACCAAGAGUUUGAAUGCAUGAGGCAGGAAAUGGAAGAGCUUCUUUUCCAACACCGUGUUGACAUUGUGUUUGCAGGACAUGUACAUGCAUACGAGAGAAUGAACCGCAUAUACAACUACACAUUAGACCCUUGUGGCCCAGUUUAUAUAACAAUAGGAGAUGGUGGAAACAUUGAGAAAGUUGAUGUGGACUUUGCAGAUGACCCUGGGAAGUGUCCUUCUCCAGGAGACAACAUCCCCGAGAUAGGAGGAUCAUGCCCAUUAAAUUUUACUUCUGGCUAUGCAAAAGGCAAGUUUUGCUGGGACAGACAACCUGAUUGGAGUGCCUACAGAGAGAGCAGCUUCGGACAUGGAAUCCUUGAGGUCGUGAACUCAACGCAUGCUCUGUGGAGUUGGCAAAGGAAUCAAGAUGUCUAUAAGGAUAACAUCUAUGGUGACCAAAUCUACAUUGUCCGUCAACCAGAUGUCUGCAUUUCCCUGAAAUCUCGAGAUCCCACUGCUGGACUUUCGAUGCGAUAGAAAAGAUUGACGGCUUGACGCUAAGGUUCAGAGGAGACAUAAGUGUGUAAGAUCAUCAAUAGAUGUCAAACUGAUCCCUCAACACAUUCAAUUUGGUUGAGUAUUUAAAGAUAAACUAUCAACUCCUGUGAGGCUAGUCUGAUUGAAGAAGCAGUUUUGAGAUAUAGUUCCAUUGUUACAGAGGUUGAGACCUAUGUGGCUAUGUCCUAUACUCUAUUUAAAAUCAGAACGCCUUUGUUCAAUUGUCUUUACAUUCUACAACGAGGUCUUACAAGGAAGGUGCUUGCAUGCGCACCAUGCAUGGUUCAAAUCAUCAUCUACCAAGACUGGAAAGACCAUUAUCAAACAAGUGUUUCAUCUUCUUU